UUCUAGAACAGUGCAAUCAUGUCACGUGUAGUAUUGAAGCGUAACCCCGCCUACCAACAUUAACAGCUGUGGCGUGCGAUAGUCUUUCAGUGGGAGAAUUGGUUUGGUAGUUGUUGUUUUGCGAGUUGUGUCGGUGGGUUCCUCGGCGCGAGGAAGUGGAGCUUCUGCCUCUGUAGGAGAAAGCAGUGAUGGCCAUAGUUGACAGGGUGUUUUAUGUAAAUCACCUCUGUGGGAUGGAUUAUAAUCAGUCUUCAGAUCAUUUCAUUCAGAGAAAUGGACAGUCUGGGGGUGGCAACUCCCCUUUUUUUACUGCUGCAGUCAGUGGAUUGAAUCAAGUGAACAACCCUUCCAUGACCGAUGGACUAAACAUCGGUGAUGCACGCUUCAGUGUUCACAGCAACUACAUCCCUAGUACCAGCACAACUGUAGCAAGCGAGAACCAGUUUGUUUGGCCUCUUCAGAACCCGCAAGAUGCAGAGUUAUUUUCUCUGGAAAAAUCUGCAGAGCUUCCUGUUUCAUUUAGGAGGAAACACAGACUGGAAGACCAAGAUACAGACUGCCCAGUCAAAAAAAGGAGACUUGCAGAGCUUCCUGUAAAUUCUGCACCUGAACCUUGUCCUUUCACUGCAAAUACUUAUAUGGCUGAAAAUACAUCAGAACGGCGUUGGAUUGCUGCCUCUCCAAACAAGAAAGAAGACCCUGUCUUGUAUUCCAAUACCAGUUCAUCAGCAAUUGCGCAAACCAUACAUAGUGAAGAGAUGGAAGAAGCUGCUGAAUCCUUCUGUAAUCCUCCACCACCAGAACAACAAGAAAUUGAAAAGAGAAAUCUCUUGUUUUGCAGGUUAAUUGUUGCUGAUGAAGAUAUAAAGGAAAAAUGUGCAGUUGGUAAUUUUCCUAAGCUUAUAAUGUCUGAUCUGCUAAAAGAAAGUCUGAAGAAUGGAUUUGAAGAAUGUUUUACUAAGAAAAUUGUGGAUUCUAUGAAUCGUCCAUCAAUGGAGCUUGUCCUCUGGAAGCCUCAGCCAAAAUCUCUUAUUGACAGAUUGCAAGCAGCUUCUAGAAAGUGCAAAAAAGAUACUGAAGCACGUAAAGAUAUUUCCAAAGGAUCAGAAUCUGUCUUCAUCCAAAAGGCUGAGGCCUUUAGAGAGAAUGAGACGAGUAGUAAUGAUGAGGCAAUGUGGUCAAGAGAAGACGAAGAAAUGGAACAUUAAAACUUUUAUUUAAUUUUUUUUUUAUAAAUUAAAAACAAAGUGGAUACAAAAACCAAAUUGGCUCUCAUGUUAACAAAAUCUUAAAAUUUCAGUGUCUUUGGAAUAUCCACUGAAAUAUUUAUUUUGCUUCUUGUGAAGUUAAAUUGUUCAUUAUUUUAAAUGGAUUUGUCAUUUUGAAAUUUUUUUUUUUUGUAUAUAUUUUCUCCAUAGGUUUUUAUUGUGCAAAUUAGAAAUUAUUCAGGCAAGGUAAAGGUUUUGUUAUAAUUACACUGCCCUUCUGGAUUUCAAACCAUUGACCAAACUGAUGCUAUUUAUUUUGCCAAAUUGUUAGCUUGGGUACACUAUUCACCUCCAAUCUUCCAAAAAUAGGUCAAUUGGUGCGGGACUUGUUUCAAAUAAAGUUUUGUUACAGACUUGUAA